CCUUUCACCUGCAAACCUUGUUCCUCCUCUGCGGCCUCGCCGGACUCUGGACCGGAACCGUAAGUGGCCGUCUUUCACGUACGCUCGCUGGUCUUUCCUUGUCUGCUAUCAAGCACCUACAAAGCCAUGGAGAAAGUCAAAGGCAACGGGUGCCCCAAAGACUGGACUCGCUUGGAGUGCAACUGUUACAUCUAUCAGCACGAGGCCAGGAACUUUGCAGAUGCCGAGAGCGUCUGCAACAUUCUGGGUGGGAACCUGGUGUCCAUCCACAACGCCCUGGAGAAUUUUUUCGUUCAUCAACUGAUUCUCGCGUACAACAGCCCGAACGACACCUGGAUUGGACUCCAUGAUGCCAUUAAUGAAGACAACAACUUCAUUUGGACCGACGGCACACCGGAAGAUUUCCUAGCUUUCACCGGCUCAGAGCCCGACAGCACCGGCAACUGCAUCCAGAUCAAUCGAAGCGAUGGAUGUUGGGAGGACAUGGUCUGCACGGAUGAGUUUCCGUACGUUUGCAUAAGAGAGACAUCCGUGUGGUGAGCGCUGGCGGCCCCACCUCGCAGGCUUCGCCUCACCUCGGCGCUGCCCGAGAGCAAACGUUAGCAGUGUCUUUCAUUUUCCAGCUUGGCUUCUUUUCUCUUUCAUUUUGUUUUCCCCAAAAAGUACAGCAAAAAGCAACUUUCUAAUAAAACAAGGAACCUGUCUGCAUUCAAA